AACGCCAAGAGAAGAAGAAGGCCGGGCCGGGCAGAGCCGGGCAGCAGGGCGCGCGCGCGCGGGGCACCAGUUUGCCCUUCCUUCCAUCCAGCAAGCACGAUUGAUUUUACAACAUGCCCAUCAUAAAGGUGCCAGUAGUCCACAAAUUUGGUAUUGUAUGCCAUGAUGAACAUAAAAAACUUCAGCAGAGAGUCUUGGCUAAAUAUCUGAAGGAAACGUUAUCUGCAAACAAGAAAAAGAAACACACAAACCCGUUUCAACUUACAGAACAAUUCGUUGAGGAUUUCAAUUACUCACUGCAAACAGAAAGUAAAGAAAAAUUCAUAGAGCUGGCUAAAAAAAUGCUUGCAAGAUCCAAGAGGCGAUCAGGUCUUAGCACAUUAGGUACUGGGAAGUAUGUAGAUCUUCCUCUAGCAUGGACUGAGGCAGUUCUGUUAUCACAGUGUAAAGGAGAAAUUCACGAAGAAGCUGUUGAAAUACUUUUAAUUUCCUUGGACCAUGCGCCUCUUGAUGCAGCCCAUAUCCCAGCUUUAUUUUUCAUCGCGGAAACUGUUUUGUAUAGACUCUGUUAUGAUACAGUGGAGAAGCCGUCUCUCUUCUCAUGUGAAAUCAAAUUGUCCAAGCUUGGAUUUUUGGUCUUCUUAAGGCUUCUUCUGUCAUAUUUCUUUGGUUACCAGGGGUUUUCUGAAGAACACAGAUCCAGGCUUCAUGUUGGCUUAAAAGCGCUAGCAGCUUCCGAGGUCAGCUACCAACCGUACCCAAACAUCCUUUUCAUGGUGCAUUUUAUGCUGAAGGCUGGAGAAGUUAUUUGUGAAACAUCGGUACUUUCUCAAACAUCAUUGACAUCUGAUGCAAGUUUGCAAGAAAUGCCGGCUAAGUCUUUUUCUGACACAUCACCCAUGGGUACUGGCGGAUCAGUUGAAUUAAAUCCUGAACAAAAGCAGUUCAAAAUUAAGCCAUUUCUUUGGCACAGCCUUCUUGUUUGGGUUUGUGUACAUAGCAGCUGCUCCAAUAUAGAUGAAGUACUCAAGCAUGUCCUAUUCUAUAAGGAAGAGCUUCAUCAGAAAGACUGGUUGGAAUCAGUGUUGGGCCUGAUGGUCCUUGGAGAGACUGCCAAAUUAAACAUGUCCUGCCUGAGAGUUUUAAUGGACCUAGUGAGAGAUUUUAUUUCAAGCUCUCUGCCUCUUCAGAAGCAGAAAAAGAUCUACAAGGGAAACUUCUCAUGCUGGCUUUGGCCGGUGGGAUACAUAUAUACCAAUCUACUCAAAGAAAUCUGUUUACAUGGCAUUAGUGCAGAUUUGCAAAAAACAGCUUUUCUUGGAUUCUGUGAUUGUGUCAAGGAACAUAAAGGUGACAAAAGAUUAAGAGGGGCAGGUUUACUAGAUCUCUUGAGCUACCGCUCUUCACCUGAUAACCGUCAUGAUCCAUUCUGGGUUAUUCGUUAUGGUGUGGUCUACAAUCUAGUUUUGCUGCGUAGUGAACUCGCUGGGGAUGUGACUCGAGAAGGAUUAAGGAAUGCUGUGUGGAGAUCUUUACAGAAACAAAAGGGCAUUGAAAAGGAUAGCCAUGUCCUGGAUGCUCUAAGAGUAGCAGAGGCUGAGUCCAAAGGCCCCAAAGACCCAUUCAUUGCAUCCAAAGAAAAAGGUUCAUCAAAUCCCAGUGAAGCGCCUUCUGAUCAGAACAUUGGGUGGAGAGUCGCCACUUCCAUGUGCCAUCACUUCUUGCCACCUAUUGGUCCAGACAUCCCCUUGCCACGUCCGCCUGUACAAAAGCCACCAUUGAUCCUGCGUCGAGAAUCGGAGCUGUCUGUUAAGGAGAAGAAAGCCAAACGCCUGACUUUAAGGGAAGAGCUUUUGCUAGCUGGUGUACCAAAAUAUCCAUAUCCAGAUUACUUGACCCGCACAGAAAUAGCACUAAGGACAAUAAUUGAGACUCAGUGGGAGAGGGAAUUGGAGAUGAGGCUGAAACUUGAAGAAAAACUCCUGGCACUGGAGCUUAAAGAAAAACAGAAGUUGGAAGAAGAACGCUUCAAGAAAAUAAUGAAAUGGCGAUUAGAAAAGCUGAAUAAGACAACUAAGCCCUAUGAGCUUCCUCAUAAACAAGGGGAGGAGGAGGAGGAGGAGGAGGAGGAGGAGGAGGAGGAGGAGCAGGAAGAGGAAGAAGAAGACAAAGAACUGACAGAGUCAUGCAGCAGCACUCAACCGAAGUGCACAACUGUCACGAGCCUGAACACCAGCCCACUAAGGGGUUAA